AUUGAGCAGAUAUACCAGGAUAUACCAGCUUUUACGGAUAUUUUCACCGAAGAGUCGUUUUACAUGUUCGCCUUUUGUUUUGUUUGUGCUACUAUUUUGGUAGCCUUCAUAUUAUCCAGGUUCAUUACUCUAAAACCAGUUGAAAUAUAAAAUAGUACAUAUAUAUAAA